AUGGGAACCGGUAAAGAAGAUACAGCCGUCUUCCUGGAUCGUGCUUCUCGAUCAACCAGAGGGAGAAGACGAAGUUGCUGGACGAGGAAGUUGAAGAGGACGAGUUGUUUUGGAAUCAAGAAGCUUUUAAAGAGAUUCAAGCACACACUUAUUCUAGAGGAGAAUGAUGUCAAUUACGAAGAAGAGCCAGAGGUUGCUGAUGUGUUUGAUAGUGACUUCGAUGAAGAUGAACCUGAGCCAGAUGAGAAAGUAGAAAAUGAAGCAGAUGAAAGGGUUCACACAAAGAAGCGUCUGAUAUUUCCUGGAAAGCCUUCUAUGAAGAAAAAGGAGAAAAAGAAAGUUCUUUCAAAUUUAGAUGGUGAUUCCAAGGAUGAAAAUCUUACUCAAAAGACUUCCUCUACACAGCAUCAUGAUGCCCUUGAUGAUGCAGAAGGUGAAAGAAUUAUAAGGAAAUCUACAAGAACUUCAGUCAUUGUUAGGCAAGCUGAGCGAGAUGCAAUACGUGCUGCUCUGCAGGCAACAAUGAAGGUACAUUGUGAAGUAAGAGGGAGUCUUGAACCUUGAGAUGUGGGGAAACCUUGAGAUCAAUUGAAUGUGGGGAAGAACUUUGCAGAUUUAAGAGCCUUACCAAGAUCAAUUGGAAACCUUGAGAUGCUUGAAGGGUUGGACAUAAGUGACAACCAGAUCAGAGUUUUGCCCGAUUCUUUCAGAUUAUUGUCGAAAUUGAGAGUUUUCCGAGCUGAUGAGACUCCCUUGGAAGUUCCACCAAGAGAAGUAAUCAAAUUGGGUGCUCAGGCUGUUGUUGAGUUCAUGGCUGAUCUCUUUGCCAAGAGGGAUACCAAGGCAGCACCACCAAAGAAGGAGAAAGGUUUUUGGUUCAGGAUUUGCUCGAUUUGUUGGCCGUUCCGGACCGCAAAUACGGACGACAACAUGUAACCAAUGAAUUACUACUACAGUUUUUUCUUUUUAGCCCCAUGUAAAUAUCUCAAAAAUGUUUUGGUUUCUUGUCAAGAUGCGUGUGUGUGUUUUUUUUUAUGCCAGUUCCAUUACUUUGUAAAUUAUUUGUGAGAUUGGUGAGCUUUUCUGCAAAGUUCAAAAUCCUGAUUGCUUGCAAGUGUUUUCAGAUUCAAGUGAAGUGAAAAACCUAUAAUUGUAAAUCUUUUGGCAUCUAUUCUAUAGCAUCCAAAUUCUACUUUUAGUAUAAA